AUGUUCCGCGUCGACUCCCCAAUUCCAUCCCCAGCCGUUGAUCCCGCCGCACUCGGGAGCAUUCCUGAGUUCCCUCCCAUGGCGGAAGUGCGUGAGCGCACCUCGCUCCUGUUCCCUUCUGCUAGUGCUGUUGCCCGUAGGGAAUCCAUGAAUAGCAUGAUGAGCAACGGCAGCGACUCUGACACUCAGUACCUCGUUGUAACAAAUGAUCUCAACCCUCCCGGACUAUCUAGUCCCAUGUCCGUUCGUCCGUUCUCUCCGUCAGAAUCCUUUGCAUUCCCAAAGCCUCCUGUAUGCCUCAAUGAGGGACAGUCUGCUUCGUCUGCUCUUGUGGCUAGUGGUUUCGGCCCCUUUUCUCCUUCGUCGUCCGCUGCUACUCCCGUCCACAUCCACUCCCCUCCUCCCAUAUUCAACACUGAUGUACUACCCUCCACUCCUCCUGCCCCUCACCUACAACCACCACUCAGCGCUUCAUUGACAGCUAUUGUCGAUCAAUCUUCCAACCCCUUUGCUGAUCCUGUCAAACCCGAAUUCGAAACCGUCUGUCGCCCAUUCAAAUCUACGCUCGACGACGAACUCUCUGUCGCCCCAGGCGAUAAAGUCUGCGUCUUGAAUGUCUUCGACGACGGCUGGGUGUUCGUAGAGAAGCAAUCUAGUUUCUCGAAUCAUGCCGAGAAGGGCCUUAUUCCUGUGGACUGCUUACGCGCAGCCGGCCAGGCUCUCCCGGAAUUCCUAGCUCAAAAGCGGGUGAGCAGCUACGGAGUUGAUCCAAACCAGUUGAACCAAGUGUUGGCGGGUAACUUCCAUGCCUUUUGA